AUGAAUUCACCAUCUAAUGAAACGUCCCCGUCUGAGGAUGGAUCACCGACCACCACUGAUUGCGACGACCUUACUCUCAGCGCCUCCGAUAUCCUGACACCCUCAUCCGCGACUUCCGAGGGAUUUGACCCCGUCGGCUGUGUUGUCGAGGGCACAGACGAAAUAACAAACGACGCACCGAAGAAAAAGAAGAAGAAGAAACCGAAGAAGUCAAUUAAAGCCAAGGCAAAUGCAGCGCGGAGCAGCCCUACAGAGGAGGACCGACCACCAGUUCUUUGCAUUAGCCGGAACAAACAUUGGCGGUAUAUCAGCUCAUACCAUGGUCCCUGGCUUCAACUACCUCUGGAGCUACUGGAGUCUCUGUCGUUACUUAACUUGGAUCCAGCCACGCUCACUGCCUCCGAGGCUCGUUUGCCACAACUGGAUGCUCCGUUAGCUUCGAACAGCAAGCAGCGUGAGGACGUAAGCUAUGGAAAGCAGCGCGAUCGAGGGUUCCACGCUCUCACAGAUCACUCUCCUUUGGAUUCUCCCCGUGGAACGUUCUCUACCCUACCGCUACCUCCCCCAAUACCGCCUCCGAUGCACGGGAAAACCACGCCCCCACCUAUUGACCCGGGGGUGUUUCGAAACGUUACUUCCAUCCGACGACUCAUUGAUGAGGCAGCAGAAUUGUCUGUCCGAGCAUCGUCUGGCCUUUCCGCUGCAGAACUCGGUUCGCUUCGGGGAGGUUCAAACGGCAUUUAUACCAACCCAUGGGUGACCUCCCAACCACUAGGAUUCAACGCGUUCGGGCAGACUAACGGGGGACGCAACGUUGCUAUGUCAGCGAUGCGAGUACAUCGGCUGAGGGCUCUAGCGGUUCAAAAAUUAGCGCAAGCGUACAAAGCUGACGAGAUAGCCUCGAGCGUGAUGGUAAUGCAGGGUGGCAGUGUCUUUGAUGAUGUUGCAGAGCGCGUGUUGAAAGUUGAUCCCAACGACAUCGACGCGAAAUAUGUCCACUUUUUUCACGAAAAAAUACCUUCACGUCAACUUGCCGAGUCUACCACCACUCAGGUCCUCGACGAGCUCAUUUCGGCUCAGCCUAAUUGUCUGGAAUUUUAUCGGACUCGUGGGAUAGUCCACUGCUUCCGUGAUGAAUACCCACAGGCUGCAAGGGACUUCACUCACGCACUGAGAGAGGCCCGGGGGGCGCGAAAGGCGAAGACCUCCCACCUAAACCAUGUAUCAUCGAGUGAUUCACAGAGGGUAACCAAGAACGGGAAAAGACGCAAAGGCAGCGGUAACAAGACCAACGGGCAGGCUCCACCUAGCGGAACGAGUGUCAAUGCUGAGAACACCGUUGAGGGACCAGACGGAGAGACACUUUUUCUCCAUCCUUCGGUUCUCCCGAGUGCACCGGACCCCAUAGAGCCACAGGUUCUAUUCUUACGUGGAGCUUCAUACCUUCAACACGCUGUAUUUCUCAUUGAGGCUGCCAUCCUCGAAUUAGAAGGCGUUCGAAAAGCCCCGACCGUCGAUGGUGCCGAGCUGAGGUUGUGCUAUAUUGAAAACGGAAAAUAUGGAGGCGUAGAGAUUGGCAAUCCCGAUGGCCCUCUCGGAAAGCCUGACGGCGCGAAGGCUGCAGCGUACUCUAGCGUCCUCGCGAAAGAUACGUUCAAAGGCCAGAUUAUAAGCUUGCUACGAAAGAGCAUUCGCGACCACGAACGCUUCCUUGCGCAUUUCGAUACUCUCGAGUCGGUCAUGGACAAUGAAGCCCUCGGUGAUCUGGCUAAACGAACCGAGUACGCUUUCUUACUCACAGAGGCCAUCAGACCAGGAAACCACGGCGCCAACGUGCCUCCUAUCCCUGAUGGGCUAUCUAUGUUCACCACCUACCACCCUCUCCUUGUAGAAUCGCACUUCAGCAUCCUACUCUGCCUGCUCAUGCUUGGAGAGUUUGUGCAGAUCCUGCCUACCUUCAUUAGGACCUCCACUCUCGUUGAUGGGUUAGAAGGGUAUCCAGUCUUUCUCCCCCCUCGUUCAAUGGCCCAAGCGGAGUUUGUGGAAAUUCUCGAACGCUUGGCGGGUGGGUGGCGACAUGGCAUCCAACCUCAUUCGUUUGCUGGUGAUGGCAAGCCGUCGAAAGGAAGAUUGGCUAUCGAAGCUCCCUCUCCCAUGGUGUCUCACCCUCCUUCAACCUCUUCUUCCAGCGUCAGCGAAUUUGAUCCUCUCGCACCAUCUUCAUCCUCUGCAACGGUAUUCCCUCCUCUCGGAUCUCCUACAGAGCUGACCGACGGACAAUCAAAUGGGACCAGUCGUCGUUCUACCCGUCAAGAUGCCUUGGAGGCGCUUGACUGUGCUCGUAUACUACUUGCGCCUGUUGUUAAACGUCAACGCCAACGAGCCGAGAAGGCCGCCCAAGAGAAGGCUGCGGGUGCAAAGAAAAAGCCGCUGUCGAUUAACAUUCCCUUACAUGGCCCACGCGUUGAAGUCAUGCUGGCUUGGUUGGCGGCUGUCCAUUUGCCUGAGUUAGCACUCUGA